UCAGAGGUGCAAUCCAACAAACCCUUGUUUCUAAACUUUACUGCCGAGCUGGCCCCCUUUAACGCAUCCAAGAAGCAGAAGAGGAAAUCAAACGUCUAUAAGGUCAGCGGUGUAAACAUCCUCAACCGAAACAGCGUGGACAGCAAAACAGCGCUCGAGAGACUGCAGAGGCGCCGCGAAAACCAUAAUUUUGUCGAAAGGCGGCGGCGCGACAACAUCAACCACACUAUCACCUCGCUAUCGACUCUGAUUCCGUAUUGCACUGAUGAGGGCACCAAGCUCAACAAGGGCAGCAUUCUGCACAUGGCUGUUGACUACAUU